AGACAUCUGCUGCUGCCAUACCUACUCGCAAGUGACUCAGUCUGCUUGUAAGUGAAGAUGCUGAAGCAAGUUGCAUUCGUCUUGCUGCUGGCUGCGGCCGCUUCUGCAGCCAAGUUCGAGAAGUGUCAUAUGGCGCCCGCUCCUGAGAAAGUGGAUCUGUCCAAUCAGGAAUGUGUGUACACUGUCGGCGAUACAGCUUCAGUCAACGUUACCUUCAAAGCCAGACAGGCCAGCAAGUCGCUGACCGCCACUCUGAUGGGCACCGUGAAUGCCUUCUCUGACGCCAAGGCCUGCAGCUCUCUGAAGCAGGGCUCCUGCCCUCUCGUGGCCGACAAGGAGUACCUGUACGAGUACCCGGUCGCCAUCACUGAGAAGCUGGUGGGCGCGCUGGACCUCGUGUUCUCGCUGCACAACGAGCUGGACCAGAUGGUGACCUGCUACCGCAUCACGUGCGAGGUGAAGGCCAAGAAGUGAACCUGACCACCAGCACACCGCUGUUCCUGAACAUCCGUGGAGUUACAACUUAGCAUUUAGUGUUAUACCUUGUACAAGUUUUAAAUAAAUAUGUUACUUUGUUGCAAGCAA